AUGUCUGAACAGGAUCCCCGGGCAGAUAAAGCUCUUCAGAGUGCGUCUGGAGGCUUCAGCUUCUUUGGAAACAAGACAGAAAAGUUCGAGAAUGCCGCAGAUCUAUACACACAAGCCGCAAAUUCCUUUAGGGUACAGAAGAUGAACAAGGAGGCUGGAGCUGCAUUCGAGAAGGCUGCUGCUAUCUUCACGCUGAACUUGAACGAGCCCGGAGACGCUGCAAACACACUGACAGAAGCCUUCAAGGUAUACAGGAAGAGUGACCCAGAGGACGCUGCCAGAGUGCUUCAGACUGCCAUACAACACUAUAUUACCACUGGAAACUUCAGGCGCGCCGCAUCACACCAGCAGAACCUUGCGGAGGUGUUCGAGGUUGAAAUCGGAGAUGAAACCAGAGCUCUUGCGGCAUACGAGAAGGCUGCUGAGUGGUUUGAGGGUGAUAAUGCCGAAGCGCUGGCCAACAAGCAUUUCCUCAAGGUUGCAGACCUCGCAGCUCUAAAGGCCGAUUACGCGAAAGCGAUAACCAAUUUUGAAAAAGUGGCCAAAUCCUCCAUAAACAACAACCUGAUGAAGUGGUCUGUAAAGGAAUACUUUAUGAAAGCUAUCAUGUGCCACCUUGCUUCAAAGAUAGCUAAUUGGAUCUUCCCAUGCCAGGACCUUGUUGCAACUAACCGUGCUCUCCAAAGCUACUGUGAGCUUGAUAACUCGUUCCAGGGAACGCGGGAGUUUAUGCUUCUUUCCGACCUAGCUCAGGCAGUUGAGCAGGGAGACACGGAUGCCUUUGGAGACAGACUCUACGAAUACGACCAGCUGAGCAAACUAGACAAGUGGAAAACGGCUAUAUUCCUCCGGAUAAAAAAUAAUAUCGAGGAAACAGGGGAGGACUUUUCUUAA